UGGACUAUCCAGUGGACUCACACCCCAGAGGUGGUGAACAUGGCUGAGGAUAAAGAAGCCUUUGCUGAUGAGAUAAAAAAAGCUUCUGCAAAGUCUGAAAGGCUUAGCUCAGAGGAUCUGCUGUUCUCUUGCCAGGGGACCCUAUAUCCUGUCACAGUGUGCAGUGUGGAAACAUUCCAAGCCCUGGAGAACCUGUAAGCCAGAUGAGAUGAUAUGGUGCUGGUGUCCUACUCCAAAUGCGGUGUGAACUGACUUGUCCAGAUUUUAAGUGGUUUGAUAGUUAUGACUAUUCAGAGUAAACCUGUAAGCACAGAACUACCAUUUUUUGAAUGUGGAGAUCUGGAUAAAUAUCAGAGAAUGAAGCAGAUUCAGGCUCCAAGGAUGUUGGCAACACAUCUGAAUUAUGAUUGCCUUCCCAAGUCUAUUUUCAAGAACAAAGCCAAGAUACUAGGGCUGUUUUGAAACCCUAAAGAUACAGCUGUUUCAUUUUUCCAUUUCCUCAGCAAUGCACCAAGCGUCCCCACUUACAGCUCCUGGGAUGAGUUCUUCUCAGAGUUCAUGAAUGGGAAAGUCACCUGGAGAUCUUAUUUUGAUCAUGCUGUCAUUUGGAAGAAACACAUUGAGGAUGAGAAUAUUAUGACCAUAAUAUAUGAAAACAGAUGUAAAAACCUGACUGCCAGUGUAAAGCAGAUAGCUGAAUUCUUUGGAUUCUCCCCAAUGGCGAAGCAGAUCCAGGCUGUUGCAGACAGGGCCACUUUCUGAGCAGUGAAGGAUAAGGCUCAGGAGACUCGUGGUGCUGUUCGCUCAUUUCUUUUCCGCAAAGAUAAAUUUAUAUUUUGCCCGGAUGGUGUUGUUGGAGACUGGAAAAAUCUUUUCACUGAAGCCCAGAACCAGGAAACGGAUGCCAAGUUCAGAGUGUGCUUAGAAGGAACUAAGCUGGGAGAGAAGUUAAAAUGUGAU